AUGGAGACCACCGACGCUGCUUUGAAAUUCUUGGUCAGUGGUAGUAUAACUCUUCCAAUGAUUGCUCAAAAAGCUGCUGAAGUGAUCCCAUGCGACCCUCCACCAGCUAACAAACGACAUGACCCAUCUUCUCAAUCUAAAAAUAUAACGCGUAAUGUUGGUGAAGAUGACCAUCAACCCUUACCACCUUUAAUAUCAUUUAUCCAACGAUUAGUCGUAAAAUCAAACGUUUCAACUGCUACCUUCCUUACUACCGUUGUUUACCUAGCUCGCCUGAAAAAUAAAUUACCAAAAUUAGCAAGAGGAAUGCAUUGUACUCGUCAUAGAGUUUUCCUUGCUACUCUAAUAGUUUCAUCAAAAUACUUGAAUGACUCUUCUCCUAGAAAUAAAUAUUGGUCUAAAUUUUCUGGUGUAUAUACUGUUGCAAAAGUUAAUCUUAUGGAAAGACAAUUACUAUCUUUAUUAGAUUAUGACCUUCGAAUACAUAAAGCUGAUCUAGAUUUACAUCUUGGUCCUUUAUUAAAAUCUUUACCUCGAUUAAACUUUAAUCUUAAUACUCCUUUAAGGACUGACCCUCCUCCAAGGGUUCCAUCCUUAAAACAUCAUCAACGAUCGGCUUCUCAUCCCGCCAAUAAUAAUCAUCAAAAAAUUUCUUCUUAUCCACGUCUCCAAAUGUAUACUCCUUCACAUAGAACUCCUCCUAGACGUCAGAACUCGUAUCAGUCACGUGUCUUGGCCUCCCCUUUUUCUACUUAUGAUAUUGACAUGAAUACUUUGUCAAUACCUUCUUCAACUUCCUCAACCUCCUCUAGCUCCUGUAAUAAUAAUCCCAAUACGCCAAAAUAUUUAAAUUACAUAGAUGAAUUUUUUCCAAUGGAAACUGAUGAUGAAACCAAAAAGGAUGAUGAUGAUGAAUCUGUAAUUUACGAUGAACCUGUAACUGCAACUUUCAAUGAACUUUAUGAACGUUUUUCCUUAUAUGGACAAAUGAGAGAUCAAUAUGCGCUUAACAUUCCUUCUUAUUUACAACAACAAAGACGACGAUGGAAAUUACCGGACGCUGGCGUCUCUCCAAUGUCAUUAACACAAUCGACUUCUUCAUCUAGUAAUGUACAUGAAAUGUCAUUUACAAAUUAA